ACUCUCCACAAUUGUUCAGGUGGGAGAAAAAGAGAGAGCCACGCCAUCCACAUCGAAGAAUGGUGGACGGCAUCGAUGACGAGGUGGUGGAGCUGCCCUGCGGUAGAGGUGGCGCCUUCGUGAUUGGGCUGAAGAGGAGGCUGGACUUGUACUGCGCCGCUGUCGCCAAAUCCAUGGAGGCCAAAUCACAAGAAUCCUCGUUGGGCUAUUCCGACUCAAAGUCUUCAUGCACUUCAAAAUUGACUUCUCAAGCUUCUUCAGAUGUUGGACACACAAGGGAUGGAGGUGGGGCAACCUUAGUUACAAACUCAAAUGUCAUAGGGCAUGAUGAUUAUCAAAGAAAGCCAAGUAACAGUGGUACAUCAAAGGAACUGUCAGAAGGUGGUGUCAAUCUUGAGGAGAAAAGUGAGCCUGCUAAUGCGAAAAAGAUGAGGAGAAUGCUGUUGAAUCGAGAAUCAGCUAGGCGAUCAAGAAAGAGGAGAGAAACACAUCUACGCAAUCUCGAAUCUCAGGUUUCCAGGUUAACAUCUGAAAAUGCAUCUUUGCUAAAGUGCAUGGCUGAUAUGACUGAGAAGUACAAGAAUGCUACCGUUGAUAACAGAAAUCUCAUAAUUGCCGCUGAGACUAUGAGGACAGAGGUGAACAUAGCAGAGGAAGCUGUUAGGAGACUAUCAGGAACAACAUUCCUCUUAUCCAGCACAUCUGAACUACCUGGAAGCAUGACUUUGAGUUCAUUAGCAUCUGAUGUGGCUUCUCCUGCUAUAGGCGUUGAAGAUAGUAUGGAACAUUUUCUUCAGGGGGCGACACUUCACGACGAUCAUACAGCCUGCUCUCCCAAAUGCACCAAUUCCCUUUGACAAGUGCGGAGUUGGGCACCAUGUCGAUCUCUCUAAGAUGGGUUGCAUGCUAGGAUAACCUGUAGAAGAGGAUCCAUGAAGACUCAGUACAUUCUGAGAUUGUGCAUCAACAUGUUGAGAUCCUGGAGCUCAUGCCGACAGGUAACAUGAGCCAUAUAUUUUGGGGCUCAAGAGAGAUAUCGUCGCAUUGUUAUCUAUUAUGCCGUCAGGUAAAAUGAGCUCAUGAGUAAGGCCCGGUAUAAAAGAUAUCUUGUAGGACCCACUAACUCAGCCCAGGUCACUUGGUUGUGGGUAGAUGUACGCAUAAACUAUGCAUGUUCAUGUCCUUGUCGAAACUAAUUUGGAUGUUUGUUUCUUUUGAAUUCAAAACCUUUGUAGUUACUGUGGUGACUCCGACAUUCCACUUCCAAGAUACAAUGUCUAUGUGUCGUGUUUUGAACCACCGGCUAGUAAUUCUCGUGCUUUGCUCAUUUGGCCCGGAUGGUAUGCAGAGAAGACAGAAGGAUUAUACUGGUU